CUUGCAGCCGGCAAGGGUCGGGCCUUGGGGUCGGCGAUUCGCCGCGAUGUUUGCGCGGAAGCUGAGCGGCGCUCUCUGCGCUGCUUCUGGCCUUGCCCUGCACCCAUGGAUAGAUUUUCCAGCUAGUUGUUACGACGCCGAUGCCCAGCAUCCGCCCCGAGCAGACUGCGCUGCCGCUGCCGCCAGCCAGACCACCGCCGAACAGCUUACAGCGAUGGCUGCCUGGCUGCAGCAGCAGGGAGCUGAUAUAGCGGCAAUAGAUUUCAAGCAAUCAGACACGGACGCAGGGCGGUACGGUGCGUAUGCCACCGAUGCCAUUCGCCAGCGCGUCGCGCGCAGCUUCUGGGGAACGGUGGCAGGCUGGGCGGGCGCGGGCCGCAACGCCGCCGUCACCGUCGCCAGCUUCCCGCUCUCCAGCACCCUCACCGCCGCCACCCUGGCACGGCACCCACAGCAGGGACCAAUACUGCAGCAGCUGCUGGAGCUGGGAGUGGCCGACGGACGAGACGUCGUCAUGCUGCACUUGGCGGUGGAGCGGCAUCGGCUGCGUGAGCGCGGGCCCGGCACCGGCGGCGAGCUGGCCUGGCUGGCGCUGCUGCCCACCUCCUUUGGCACCACCCUGUUCUUCUCGGAGCUGGACAUGCAGUGGCUGCGGGGGACCACGCUGUACACAGCUACCAGGCUGCGCCGGGACAGCCUGCGCGGCGCCUGGGAGAAGCUGGAACCCUCAGCGCGGCAGCUGGCACAGGCAUCGGGGCUGCAGGCGGCGCCUGGCCUCGACGACUGGCUGUGGGCCAACUCGGUCUUCUGGUCGCGUGCCAUUGCCUUCCCCAGCCCAACCCCCGACGGCGGCAGCUCGGUGGCCAUCCAGGAAGGCAUCGUGCCAGGGCUGGACUUCUGCAACCAUGCCGUGGAGGUCGCCCUGCAAGUGGAGGAUGCCUUGGCGCAGCACAGGCGCCCGCGAUCCAAACAUGCGGGGAGGCCGCAGGGCGCCAUCAGUCUGGUCUGCCCCCGGCGCGGCGCGCCGGCGCCGGGCGCCGAGCUGACCAUUGAUUAUGGCAACAAGGGCAACGAAGAGCUGCUGUUCCUGUACGGUUUUGCCCUGCCCGGAAACAACGAGAGCGAGGUGUUGACGCUGAUGCUGCCGCUGCCUCCGGCCAGAGAGUGGGACGAGCAGCUGCUGGCGCGCAUAGCUUUGCUGCAGAGGCGCGGCCUGCUGCCGCAGGUGCACCUGCCCGCGGCCGACCUGGUGCGGCUGAGCAGCGGCGGCGGGGCGGUGGCGGCAGGCGGUGGCGGGACAGGCGGGGGGCUGGGUACUGGCCUGCCGGAGGGCGUGGUGGAGACGCUGGAGGUUUUUUUGCUGCCCCAGCAGCAAGUGCAGCAGCAACUGCAAGUGGGCAGCUUGGCUUCAGGCGCAGGAGGCGGCGCAGAUGUCGGCGGCAGCGCCACCGAGCAGGAGCGGUCUGGGCUGCGCCUGGCAGUGCUCACCACACUUGUGCGGCUGCUGGAGUUGAAGGCGGCGGAGAUGGAGUCGCCAGAGGCGGGCACGGGCCCGCUGGAGCAGGACGAGCAGCUGCUGGCGGCAGCGGGCGCCGCUCUGACGCUCAACCAAACACACUGCCUGCUCUACCGCAUCGGGCAGAAGCGGCUGGGGCGCGCCUACCUGGCCCACGCCAAGAGGCUGUUGCAGCAGGAGAUGGCCACCUUGCAGAAGCAGCAGCGAGCCGCGCAAUGAGGCAUGCGUACACCAAUCUAUGGCGAGCGGCUGGCGGUACAGGAACAAAGGGGAGGCCGAGGGGCACGGCGCCUCGAAGCGCACGCGUUGCUCAGCUCACUCUUAGGCCUGCUCUUCCUGCAAUCGCCACCUCUCUGAUCGCUAUCAAACAGGGUGCGCCGUCUUGUUGGAACGAGCGAUGAAGUGCUUCCGCGUUCCAGGUCUCGCUGCCCCUCAAAUACCUUGCUGCACCUUGCUAGCAGCCGUCUUGACACUCUGCGCCCCUCCGAACUUCACCCCGCGCCGCUCCGAACUUCAUUCCCGAGAGCACAGGGGCGUCUGAUUCAGGUGCCUUCAGAAGUGUUAAUUGCUAGC